AGUUUGAGACGGUUUUUUGAGUGAGGUGGUUGUGUCGCGCGAUUUAUCGAAGUCGCGUGAUAACUUUCGUAAAAAAACAUUGUUACAUUUUUGUCGUUUUCGCGAGUGUUGUGUUUGACGCAGUGUGAAAACGAGUGAAGUGUGCACAACAGUUGAUUUUCGGUGAAAAGAUAUUUGUUGUGGUGUAUUUUUUUGGAAUGUUGUUAACUCAGGUGUAGCGCCAAGUGAGCGGAUUUUACGGUUCACCGGUCAACGAGUUGUUCUAGUAUGGUACGACUGAUAAUGUGCUAGUGCAUGAUGCCGCCGCAGCGGCGCUGUGGUCGCGUCACGUGAUCUUACAACAAAAUGUCGGACUCUAGUCCCGCCAAUUCGAUUAUCGAGGGCACUGUAAAGUUUCGCGAUGGGAAAAAGUGGAAGUCGCGAUGGUGUGUUAUGCGGAAGCUAUCGCCAGUAGCAGAUUGCGUCCACUUACAACUGUACAAAGACCUUAAGGAGCGACAGAAGAACGGUCAGACGAAGGCAUCGCUCUCCCUGCAGCAGUAUCUCGGGUUCGAGUCCGGAUUCACGUUGGACAAGGAGUCGAACACCCUUGCGAUAUUGUGCGAGGACGUGGUGCCGGUGUUGGCGUUCGAUACCAGGGAGAUUCUCAUUCAGUGGAGAGUUAAGGUGCAACACAACCUCGGCAGCAGCAAGGAGUUCGCAGCUGUGAUAGUCUCGGCGCCGGCCGCCAGCGGAGCCCGACCGGGUCCCGUGCGACUCCACGCUUGCGGUCCUCGACUGGCGCUCUGCGUCGCUAGGCCACCGGAGGUGCUCGCUCUGUGGGACGUCAAGCUACUAAGACGUUUCGGCGUGGUAGACAAGCGAUUCUGUGUGGAGGGUGGCUCAAGGUGCGGCCGAGGCGAAGGCCUGUUCGUGUUCGCCGCGGAAGGUGGGCGGGAGCUCACCGACCUCCUCAACGCUUACAGCCACGAGGCGCAAUCCCGCCUCAGCAUCGCUUCAAGGAGUGGUUCUGUCCUGGAGAAACGUUUCUCGGACACCAGCUCGUGUGCGGACGACUGCUUCCACUCGUCCAUGCGAUCCGUGUCGCCCGCGUGGAACGGCCCCACAAGCCAGACCAUGCACUGUCUCUCAGACCUGGACUCUAGCAUCGAUAGCAACGGCGAGGAGAAGUUCCGCAGACCGACUUCGUUACCCCGCUGCUCUUUCAGCUGCAUGGGGAAGAUGAGUCAGCUUACCAGAUCGUCAACAAUGGGCACGCCCGGCUCAAUCAUGUCCCCGGUUUGGACAAUGGAGAAUAUAAUGGAGAAACGCUCCGAUUCCGAUAGAGCGUCGAUUUAUUCUCGAUCGAGUGGCAGCGCGUCCGAGUAUUCGGUGCCAAGAGGCGCGUGCCUUUUAGACAAGAGCUUUGAAUCGAAGCGCGGCAGUCCUGUCGCGUGCUGCACGCCAACCGUGCCAGUGAAGACUGGCAACACCUGCCAGUGCUGGCAGCAACCGAAGACGUGCAGCUGUAGGAAGAAACAGUUUAACGGACCAUAUGAGAAUUACGACGUGCCAAAGACACCGAUGCCUUUAAUUCAGGAACAUCCAGUAGAUGUACAUUCAGACGCCGCGAGCCUAUACGAUACACCAAAGAAAUUGAAAUGCCUAAUGAAUGGCAGCGCCUGCAAAUGUUCGCACACGAACGAAAACAAAAGCGAAGAGAAAAGACAAAACAUAGACACAGAGAGCGCAUGUGAUAGUAGCCUUAACGAAGGAGCAGUCGACACACAGUCUAACUAUGUCAACGUCACCCCAGUCACAGCCGAGCCGGCUAUGGACUACGGUAAUUACGCGAAUAUAGACCUUAAUACUACCCUGGAGAAGUUCGAGAGUUCGCUGCAGAUCCUCAGGAGCGCUGGGUUUAGCCAAGAGGAGCUGGAUGCGCUGGAGGACAUCCCGGAGCACGAUGAUGACAUCUCCACGGCGACCGUCAACACGGCCGUCCACCACAAUGACUGUUGCAACGACCACUCUAGCUACAUGCACAUGGAGCCCCUCGACAGUAGCUCCAGCUCCAACAGGAACUUCUCCGACAACGUCAGCAGGAUCAGCCACGUGUCAGAUCCGACGCAGCAUUCCGACACAGACAACACGAUUAGCACGAGGAGGUCCAGUUCCGCGGACUUCACCAAGCGGCAGGACGAAGACUACGGGAUCAACGCGCGUAUAUGCUUCACUCCUACAGUUCUCAGGAAGUCGAACAAAACUGAACGCAUAAACGAAGGCAUACCCCUAGUCACCCAAAAGGAAUCCGAAAAGGACAAAGUCUUCAAGACCCCCGAGCCGAAAAGCGAAAAUAUCCUCGUUGCACGAUUCAGAGACGCCGUCAAAAUCAGAAGAUCCUCUAGCGUCCCCAGUAAGUCCGACAAAAACAGAGAUUCGUCCAGCUCCAACGACUCUGGUGUCUCGACUGGGUCCUUGAAGCACCACAAAGGUGAUUUCAACGAGUUGGAGAACGCCAUAACCAACUCUAAGUCCUACAAGAAACAUUUCAAAAGCAAUAAGCAGUUCAGGAGUACCCUCACGCCAGUGCACACGCCGUUCAUAAAAUCCAACUCCUCGGAUCCGCUGAAGCACUUGACGUUUCAGUUCGAAGAAGUCGCCACGUUGGCCAAGUCCAACUCAUUUGACGUGGACACUUUGACGCGACGGAAGAAAAAAUGCGGCGAGGCGGAGGGCGACGGUAGCAGGGCGCGGCACAGCCAGCUCACGCACAAGAGCACGUCGAGCGGCUCGGACACGUCGGACUACAUGGAGUCGCUGUCCGUGUCGUCGCUCAGCUCGUGCGACGGCCGCCACGCCGCGCGCCCGCGCUCCGGCCGCGAGUACGCCGCCGUCGGCCGCGCCGCGCUGCUCUGAGCACUGCCCACUUCUGCACCUGCACAGUGACACCUGCUCAGUGCUACCGGUCACAUCAAGCGUCUACACAACUACUGAGGCUGCUAAUACCUCAAACAGGUGCUACACUGGAGGUACACUGAAUGUACACUGGACACCUGGACAGUGACACUGCGCAACACCUGCUGAGUUAUACCAGUGACAUUACGCAGUGUUUUCCUAACUACACGACACCUAGACAAUGCUUAUAACUGCCACCUCAGUGAUACCGAUGAUUUCACGUGUGUCUACCCAACUACUGACUUAAUUAACACCUGUAACAGGUUACUAUACCUGAAAUAGAUAAAUACACCUGAAGCAACACCUGAAACAGGUGACAACACCUGGAACAGGUGAUAACACCUGGAACAGGUGAUAACACCUUGAACAUGUGUCAACGCCUGGAACUGGUGAUAACACCUGGAACAUGUACUAACACCUGGCAACAGUUGAUAACACCUUGAACAUGUGCCAACACCUGGAACAGUUGACAACACCUGGAACAUGUGCCAACACCUGACACAGUUGAAAACACCUGGAACAUGUGCCAACACCUGACACAGUUGAUAACACCUGGAACAUGUUCCAACACCUGGAGCAGAAGAUAACAUCUGGAACAUGCGUCAAGACCUGGAACAUGUGCCAACACCUGGAACAGGUGAUAAUACCUGGAACAGUUGAUAACACCUGGAAAAGAUGACAGCACCUAGAAUAUCUCUUCUACAAGGGCUACUUAAUAAAACUUGAAAUAUCUGCUCAGAGAUAUCCAUUAGACUCUAACUUCUGAAACGACUGAACUACGCUGAGACAUGCUGACUUGUGUACAUCUGAAUAGAAUAAAAUAUUUUUUUUUUCACUACAUAUUACAAAUAAAUGUUAGUAAAAAUAUUUUUUUACUUUCACCACUGGUUCAGAAAAGCAAAAACAAGCAGCUUAUAAAUGCCAAUACCCUGACCAUAGUACGACAAUUAGACUAUUUAAUUAGGAUGUGCAAACACUUGUAAAAUGAUAUUUGAUUAUAGGACACAUAUUACGCAUCAUAAAAACUCUGACAAUUUCGUUGUAUCAUUUCUAAAUUUAUCUCGUAAUCAACAAAUUGAAAAGUGAUCACUAAGUCUUAUUAAUUCUAAGACACCCGAGAAUAUAUCUUACUAAAUUAAACUAAAAUCUCUUUACAGAGUUUUUCUAAUGGCAAAAGUUUUAUCGUGCCUAAUUUUACACAUUUUAACAACUUAUUAAACUAGAUAACUUAAGUCUUACUUAUUAACUCAAGUGUUAUUUAAAUCUAGUACACUUGUAAACACAAAUGAAAACAUUUGAGUUACCUAAAGGAACAUAAAUCUAUUACAGAUCAUAUUGUUUAUAAGAUAAUGUGUUUGUUUUAGAAAACACUAGGUUCAAAAUACGUGAAGGUUUUGAGAUCAAGUAAUAAAAAAUUUCAAUUUUAGAAUAACAGCGGGAAAGUUAACAUGGUGUCAGGGAAACACAGUGGGCAACAUUAGUAUAAAUAUGAAAAUAAUUUGCAAAAAAGUUUCAAAGAUAUACCGUUAUAUCCUAUCAAAAGUCCACUGCUGAACAGAUCUAUGUACCCAAUAGAUUGCCACAUAGUGGGGAUUUGGCAAACUUGCCAAAUUUGACAUUUGCUGUCAAAUUCCAUAUUUUACAUUUUAGUAUGAUUUUAGUUCGCAUAUUUUCCACGUGACUCCUUUAUUAACUAAACACACUAUAUUUUAAACCUGAGAUCGAUUAUAAACUACUUUUUGUAAUGUGAUGACGGUGAAAGUUUUAUGCAAUUAACUAUGUUAUUAUGGUGUUUAGUUGAACCUUACAAAAAAAAACUGACUUAAACUGUACCUCCUUAGAUAAUAUCUAUUAAGCCUCUACUCACUAGAAGGUGGCAAAAAACGAUUGGGGGAGCUCUGUUAUGUACUAAAGACAUAUUUUCUUCUCUUUGUAUACUUGAUCACUAACACGUAAAAUAUACCUACAGUGAAACAAAUAGACAGCCGACACAAUUGUAAAUAUGUAAGUGCAUAUUGAAAUCCACAACAAACAGUCGUUCCUAUGUAUAUAGUUAUUGUUAGGAUAUUUUUUAAUAAACAAUUUUAUAGCUACGCGCUUUAGUAGCGUGCCAAAAAUUAUCGCAACGGGCUAAAAUAACGGUUUUGGGUAUACAGUGAGUUAAUAGUGUAAAAAAUAUAUAAAAUGUAUUUAUAUCAUAAGCAUUUAAUACCAUAUGGACUUUAAAAUAUCAUGUGUGUAUUGAAAAUUGUAAAGCAAUUAUAAAUUGCUACAUAUACAUAUAAUAUUGUGGAAUGGAAGGUUAACCUUCAAAAAUUUACUUAAUAUAUGUUGUGGGAUCGUAUAGGAGUACGCGUCCCAAAACGCAAUAGAGGUCACUAGUGCGUCUAGUAUUGUCUGUGCAUUGUUUUAUUUUAAAAUUAUUGGUGGAUUAUAUUUUACUGUAAGGUUUGCUUGUAGUUAAGUACUUAAAUUAUUUGUGCCUUUGAUUUAUUUUUCAUCUGUGGGUCUGUCAAAUAUGAGACAGAAAGUUUUGAACGGUACAAUAGAACUUCUUAACAACUUUUGUUACCUAUUUCACUUUUGUAACCAUAGAUUUUUUCUUCAUAGUAUGAUGUAUAUUAAAAUAGUUAAUACCAUAAUGUAUAGACUUUGAUACAAACUUAAGUUUAGCAGUGAUAAAUUAACAUAUUAUGUAAAAUGCCUCUUACCAAUUUAUAAGCAAUAGAUAACUUCCAGUAAAUAUAGUAAAGUGUUUUAAUUCGUACAGUAUAUAUACAUAUACAUAUUAUAUAUUGUAAGAUGUUUAAAGUCAUAUAACGUGCUUAGAAAUCAUAUUGUGACAGUGCAAAAUAAUAAGUAACAUUGUUUUACAAAUGAAAGAGCAAUGGCAGACAUUCAUACAUAAAAAUAGUUGAGAAGAAAUGGUAGCGUCUAUAUAUCAAAAAUAUCUUAAAAUGUUAAGCGUCAGUCCCUUAAUAAAUCCGUCAAAGAAUUUCGUACUGAGAAGGCGUCAAAAAUAAGAUAUUUACAUUUGAACCUUUUUAGGUUAUGUCCUAUGUCACUUGGAAAAAGUCAUGCUUCCUGUGGAUGUUUGAUGUUAGCUUAAUACAUAAUUGAGAGUUUUUAGAUUAUUGUAUCUCUAUUAUAUAUUUGCAUUCUAUAAAUGUAUAAUAUAUUUCUGGCAUGGCUCCAGGGCUAUUGUAUCAUAGUGACAUUCUCAGAAGGGCUAGAACCCAGAGCCGUAAAGCCAAUAAAAAAAACAGUGACAUUUAAUUUUAUCUAGUGUUGGCAUAACAUUAAAUGGAAUUGUUACAUAGAACUAUGAUUGAGAUAAUGCAUUAUUGUAGGAAAUUCUUUGUAAGAGACUUAUUCUCAGCCAUAUCACUUUUAUUUUUAUUAUUACUGAUAGUACAGUUAUUACUAAUAAUAACUUAAUAUUAAAAUAUUUUGUGUGUUGUGUUGGUAGUCUUAAAAAGUAUAUACGAAAAUAGUAUGAAUAUGCUAAAUGGCAACAUUUGAAUAGAGUAAAAUGAUUUAAGUCAUUUGAUAUUCCCAAAAAUGUUUGUUUUUUCUGUGGCUUUAAUUAAAAUACAUUUUUAUUUGAAAAAUCAUAGAAAUAUAAUAAAACUCAUUUUAUAUAUAACUUAUUUCUAGACGUUAUAAUUUUUGUCAACUAUUUUUCUGCCAUUACUCUUUCAUAAAUAAAACCAAAAUCCAUUAAUUUUAAAGUGAAACAUAAUUUUAAACUAUGCUAAACAACAAACAAAUAAAAUUUAUAGAUUCAUCAAACAAUCGUGUGAAAUUGAUUCUUAUUUAUUUAUAAGUUUAGUUCGUGUUUUAGCAAUAUACGUUAUCCAAAAUAUAAUUUUAUUACACA